UUAACUGAAAGUAGCAUCAAUAAGCAGAGAAAAUGACUGGUCGCGGUAAAGGAGGAAAGGGACUCGGAAAAGGAGGCGCCAAGCGUCAUCGCAAGGUUCUUCGUGAUAACAUCCAGGGAAUCACAAAGCCCGCCAUUCGCCGUCUGGCUCGUCGUGGUGGUGUAAAACGUAUCUCCGGUCUGAUCUACGAGGAGACACGAGGAGUGCUGAAGGUAUUCCUGGAAAAUGUCAUCCGAGAUGCCGUCACCUACACUGAACACGCCAAGCGCAAGACCGUCACCGCAAUGGAUGUCGUCUAUGCACUGAAGCGACAGGGACGCACUUUGUACGGAUUUGGAGGUUAAAUAGCUGAAACUCACUUGGAUCAAUAUAAAAAGGCCCUUUUCAGGGCCAACAUAAUAGUUUCAAAGAAUUAGUUCGCAUUUUCUAUUUCAUAAGCUGUUUCUUCCUAUGAAACAAAUUGGGUUAAACCCAAAUCUGUGCAUUUAACUAGUUUUGAUAAAGUAAAAUUUUUGUGUUUAGAAUUCUUCAC